AUGGUGGAACCAGACAAAGUGUCUGGAGUGCUCGCCCGAGCAGCUGCACGUGCAGCAAGGCUAGCUGAACUGGACACAGCACAAACGUCCAUUCAAAAGUUGCUAAAUAUCGAUAUGCCACCGGAGAUGCUUCCAUGGGGAGACGUGAUGUUGAAGGACAUGGCAUGUGACACGCUUGAGUGUUCCAAGCCUCCCAAGGGCAAGGGCAUGGGAGCUGUUGCCUCUCCUGCUACAGAGUCAACACGAGGUGCGAGUGCAACAAGUACAGCAACCACUGUCCCGGCUAGCGAUGCUGAUGCCAUCCAGAAUGCCCAGGCUGGCCUUGCUGCAGCUGAAGCUUCACCGCCUGUAACACCUCGGGAGCAGAUUCGUAGAACAUAUACCCCUACCACAGUGCUGUCUGGCCCACUGGCAGAUCAGCCAAUCUUGGCCGCCACUGCGUCGCAGAAUGGUCAGCCUUCAGCAAAUGCAGCCCCUUUGGCGCCCAGUCCCAAAGCCACCUCCACUUCCAAGAAGUCAGCCAAAGGCACAGGGAAGAAAUCAGUUAAGAAGAAACUCAAGGGAAAGCCGGCAGGAAAGAACAAGACCAAGGGUACCCCUGGACGCAAGACCAAAAAGCCAGGUACACCAGUUGCCACCACAACGAACACACCAAGACAGUCUGUACCUGCCACACAACAAGAGGUUCCAGGCACAAUGGGGAAUGCUGAACCUGUUCCCACUGGUGAACCACCUCGGAGGGUUGCAGCAAAGAAAUGUGCAGCAAAGAAACCUGCGACCCCUCAGCAAAGAAAUGUUCAGCCUGAAUUGCCCCCUUGCAAGCUUGAGAAACGUGAAAAGCCAACGGUGAAACUACCUGCCACCCCACCAAGUGUGAGGGAAAACAGAGCAAGGAAUGCAGCCAUCUCGGGUGCCGUGGGCAGGGCAAACACAUCAGAUCAGAUUGGCAACGUCACCAUGCAGACCGUGGAGGAAGUGCUUGCAGCGGUUGGACCUGUACCGGUUGGACCUGGACCCACUGCUCCUGAAGAAGAUGAAUACUAUGAUCCUAGUGAGAAUAGUGAUUAUGAGGAAGACAACGAAGACGCAGAAGCAGAAGAAGGAGAAGACGACCAGGAGUCCGGUGAGACCAGCAGGAAGUGUCCCAAGGAGAUCAGAAAGAUUGCUGCAGGUGCACACGGCUGUGUCUUGGCGCACGCAUGCUAUGUGGAACAUCCAGUUGGAAUGAAUAGUGAAGCUGUCACGACAAGCUCCAAAUUCUCCUUGACGAGUGGAGCACAUGUCAAGGAGCUUCGCCUUUACCUAGUAUGGGAUGCCGAGGGCGAAGAUGACCGUGAAGACACAGUCGUCGAAGAGUUGUUCCAAUGUUUGGAUGCCAGUGACUCCGAGGAUGGUGGGAAGAAACCGAAGAAACACAAAAAGUCUAAGCGCGGCAGAAGCAAGUCCAAGUCCAAGUCCAGUAGCAGCGAGAAGUCCAGCGAAUCUUCGUCGGAUGAGUCUGACAAGAAGAAGAAGAAAAAGAAAGGUAAGAAGUCAAAGAAGUCCAAAGGCAAGAAGGAGUUGACAGCAGCCCAGAAAGAAAAGGAGGAAAAGAGGGCACUUGAAAAGAAAGCAAAAGAAGCGAAGCGAGAAAAGGAUAAAGCUGAAAAAGAAACAUUGGGGAAAGCGAAGAAGGCAAGCAGCUUUUGGGGAUGUGAGGGUGAGGAUGGAAAUGCAAUCCGCAAUUUUGAUGUCUUUGGGCUGGACUGUGUUUGCGACAUCUUAGCUGUAGCUCUGAACUCAGCGAACGAGCACAUCUCAAAGGCCGCGACAAAGCUGAAGACCAUCAACGCGAUGUCUUGGCCUCAAAUCAGCUAUGGCUUUGAGACCAUGUGUUUGUGGUGUCCAAACCUUCGCUUGGCCAUUGAGAAGGAUUUCACAACCCUUUGGGAGGACAUGGUGGAAAAGCGGGAUUAUUUGCAGAACAUUGUGGACACACGGGAAGUGAAGAAGAUUGACAAUGCCAUGGCUAAGUGUCAAACUGCCGAGGCUGACUACAAGGAUUUUAUCACACGUGCCAAUCUGAAAUAUGAAGAUGUCUACGACGCAUCUCAUUCUGCUGUUCUGGAGAAUGCCAUGGCCGAUGUUUAUGGUGGUGGGUCCACUGCUGGAAAAGCGAUGCGCGGAGUGAGAGCCCAUGUGAAAGAUCCUCGGAGCACGGGUACAACUGAUCAAACAGGACUCUGGCGGAAAAACUGUGUAUCCGCUGACAAAGAGGCAGUUGAGAAGAUUCGCAUUCCUGUGAAAUAUGAAGAUUUGAGUGAUGGUGUUCAUCCCACUUUGGAUGUGCAUGGCAAGAGCCUACCACCUCACUUGCAAAAGGUUGCUGGGACACUUAUCACUUCAACUGCCUUGUGUUUCUGCGUAACGGAAAUUCGUGGUUGCUGGGAAGGCUUGUAUUGGAAUCUGACUGAAAGCAGUUCUUGGGUUGACAAAGAAUUUACACUUGAAGAGUUCAUGGAGGAACGGCUUCCUCCAUAUGGCAUUUGUCCACUUCUUCAGCUCAAGAAUUUCACGCCUACUGUUAUACGUUGGUGUUUGAUGCACCUGGUCCAUCUUGGCUUGCUGUUCACAGCAAAUGGCAGUGGGUUGAACCUUGGAAUGCUGGGAUGUGGCUGCAAGCUAGGAAUUUGCUCCUUCGCUGUGGUUUUUUUGGUGAUGCAGAUGCCCACUCACGAUCACUUUUGCUCGCUAGGGCAUAUGCGCACUUCAAGGUCUUUGACUGAAGCUACGAACAUCUACACAGAGGGAAAGCGCUUUCUGGAUUUGCAUCUCGAGCUCACAAGAACGAAUCCACGAUUCUUCCACGGAUUCGUGGAUGAAGAUGGGAUGUCUUGGUUGAAACGUGGCCGGGCCCAAUUAGAUGAUAUGCUGCGCAUUGAUCUGAAACCCCUAGUGUCUCUCAGUCUCUUUGAGAAAUCUUUUGCUUA